AUGAGCUCCUCGGAGGACGACGCACCCCUCAUGCGCGCCAAUGGACGUGGUAAAGUUUUCCCAAAGUCUCCCGAAGUCGUCAAAAUGGCGGAUUCCAGCCCUGCCACAAAUGGCCUUGAUCCUGGGGUAUCCAUUCGAUUCGGUCCCGUUGAAGACAAGGACAUCAAGAUGGAAGAUGGGGACGAUGCGCUGGGUGCUGGUAAGCGCAAAGCUCGGGCAAGCAUAGGCGAAAAGAAGUCCUAUGCCGAAGCGGAAAGCUCGGAAGAAGAUGAGCCUCUGAGCAAACGCCGGCGUACAUCUGUGAAGCAUGAAGACCCCGAGACCGAUGAGGAUGUGCCAUUGGCACGCAACGGUCGCAAACUUCCCAAGGCCGCCGAAACAUCCAUCGGGGAUGAGUCUGAUUCCGACGUCCCCAUUGAACGGAAGCUUGCUGCGCAAAAGAAGAAGAUUGAACAAUCGGCGGAGAAGGAGGCUAAACCUUCGCGCAAACCUACUGCACCAAAGAAGGAGGCUAAGCCUGCGGCGGCCAAGAAACAGACAAACGGCGUCAAGAAAGAACCCGCCGCCAGCAAAGCUGCCCCCAAGAAGGUGAAGGAUGAACCUGCCUCGGCCAAGAAGGGCAAAGCCAAGCUGAAGGCAGAAAGCCAGGAUGCCGAAGAAAAGGAAGAGGAGGAGGAUGAGUACCGCUGGUGGGAAGACCAUAGCAAGGGCGACGGGACCAUCAAGUGGACCACUUUGGAACAUAAUGGUGUGGUGUUCCCUCCCGAAUACGAACUGCUGCCUAAGAAUGUCAGGAUGAAGUAUGACGGUGUUCCGGUCUCUCUUGCACCUGAAGCCGAAGAGGUUGCUAGCUUCUUCGGCACCAUGCUCAACUCAACUCACAACGUGGAAAACCCUGUGUUCCAGAAGAAUUUCUUCGGCGACUUCAAGGAUAUCAUCAAGAAGAGCGGCGGAGCGAAGGAUUCCAAGGGCAACAAGGUAGACAUCAAGGAAUUUGCCAAGUGCGACUUCAAGUCCAUCUUCGAAUUCUACGAUGCUCAGCGUGAAGAAAAGAGAAAUCUACCAGCAGCAGAGAAGAAGGCUGCUAAGGCUUUGAAGGAUGAGCAAGAAGCCCCCUACCAGUUCUGUGUGUGGGAUGGUCGCAAGCAGAAGGUAGGCAACUUCCGUGUGGAACCGCCUUCUCUAUUCCGGGGCCGCGGUGAGCACCCAAAGACCGGGCAUGUCAAGACGCGCGUGCAACCUGAGCAAAUCACCAUCAAUAUCGGCAAAGAUGCGACGGUCCCACCCCCACCUCCCGGUCACAAGUGGAAGGAGGUGAAGCACGAUCAGGAAGGCACCUGGCUUGCCAUGUGGCAAGAAAAUAUCAAUGGCAACUACAAGUACGUCAUGUUAGCCGCCAAUUCCGAUGUCAAGGGACAAAGCGAUUUCAAGAAAUUCGAGAAAGCCCGUGAACUCAAGAAGCACAUUGAGAAAAUCCGCAAGGAUUAUCAGAAGAACCUCAAAAAUGAUAUGAUGGUGGAACGACAGAAGGCCACGGCAGUCUAUCUUAUUGAUCAGUUUGCCCUGCGUGCUGGAAACGAGAAAGGUGAAGACGAGGCCGAAACCGUCGGUUGCUGUUCUCUGAAGUAUGAGAAUGUUACGCUGAAGCCUCCCAACACUGUUGUCUUCGAUUUCUUGGGUAAGGAUAGUAUUCGGUUCUACGAUGAAGUGCAGGUUGAUCUGCAAGUCUUCAAGAACCUGAAGAUCUUCAAAAAGGCACCCAAGAAGAACGGUGAUGAAAUUUUCGACCGCCUUACGACUUCUGCUUUGAAUAAGCAUCUCGCCAAUUACAUGCAAGGUCUAACCGCCAAGGUUUUCCGUACCUACAAUGCGUCUUACACCAUGGGUUGUGUUCUCAACGAGAUGAAUGCUACCGGCGGUACCAUCGCCGAAAAGGUGAAAGCAUACAACGAUGCCAACCGUAAGGUUGCCAUCCUGUGUAACCACAAGCGCACUGUCACUGCUGGCCAUGCCAACGCAAUGGAAAAGAUGGGCGAACGGAUCAAGGGCCUUCGAUACCAGAAGUGGCGGCUGAAGCAGCAAAUGCUUGACUUGGACCCAUCUCUGAAGAAGAAAAAGGGCGCGGCGUUCUUCGAAAUCGAUGAGGAUCUCGACCAAGAAUGGAUCGAUGAACACCAAGCCUUUUUGAUUGAGGAGCAGAGAACCAAAAUCAACAAGAAGUUCGAGAAGGACAACGAAAAGCGCGUUGCUGAUGGCGAGAAGGAAAUGAAGGCUUCCGAGCUCGAGGAGCGUCUGCUAGUCGUGAAGGAUAUGGAGAAGAAGUUCAAGAAGGAGAACAAGACCGGCAAGGUCGAGGCCGAGGCCAGAGGCGCAACGGUUGAAAAGCUUGAGGGUUCCAUCGCCAAGAUCGACCAGCGGGUCGAAACGAUGUCCGUUCAGGCUCAGGACAAGGAAAACAACAAGGAGGUUGCCCUUGGUACCUCGAAGAUUAACUACAUUGAUCCUCGCCUCACUGUCGUCUUCAGCAAGAAGUAUGACGUCCCCAUCGAAAAGUUCUUCUCGAAGGCGCUACGUGAGAAGUUCGAGUGGGCCAUCAAGUCUGUUGAGGAGGACUGGGAAUUCUAA